AUCAGUCUAAAUCCCUCAGAGAUGACCAGGAAGUCCGGGUGAUAAGCUCAUCAAAUCAUGGAGAGAAGCAGAAUGAUAAGGUUAUCAAGGGAUCUCUUGGGAGGAUCUCUUGGGAGAAGAUUGAAAUCCACGUACGGUGGUGAAGCAUUCGUUGAUGACUUCACCAGGAAUCAUGUGAGGCUGACUAAUCUUCAGCGUGCUAUUCUCGCUUGUGGAUCGGCAGCUGUAUCUCUCGCAGAUCCCUAUCGUGCGGAUAUGAUCGCUUGUCUCGGUGAAACAACUGGUAAAUUCGCAUUACUCCACUGUUACGAAAAAAUGAAGUCGACAAAUGAAGGGCUCCGGAUAUUAAAUGAAAAGCCAAGGAUAAAUACGAGCACCGUAGACAUGAAGUCACUGGAGGGUUUGCCCGAGGGCACCCUGGGAAAAACAUACCACAACUUUUUGAAAGUUAAUAAGGUGACUCCAGACUCUCGAGAUGACGUAAAAUUUGUGAAUGAAAUCGAAUUGGCGUACGUGAUGCAGCGAUAUCGCGAGGUGCACGACAUAUUUCAUGCUGUACUGCUCAUGCCAACGACAAUGCUCGGUGAAGUGACAGUCAAGUGGGUCGAGGCAUUGCAAACACGUUUACCCAUGUGCAUCGGUGGUGCUGUCUUCGGUGCUGCUCGUCUAAGACCGAAACAAAGGCAACUCUACGCCAAGUACCAUUUACCAUGGGCCAUAAACACCGGUAAGAAUUCUGGAUUUUUAUUGUCAACUUACUUCGAGGAACGAUGGGAGCAACCACUCGACGCUUUCCACAGAGAGAUGAAUAUCCAACCACUUGCCCAAUUUGCAGACAAAUAAAUUACUCACACGUUUUUUUUUUUAGUUUGCUCAAUCAGUACACAGUAUAACAAUUUCUUUUAUUGAUUGUAACACUGGAAAUAUUAAGAAUAUAAUU